CUGCGGUUAGCCACUUUCAGGUACCUUUUCGCCUGUAAUUUGUGUUUUGAAAUCUGAGAAUUCCACCAAGAUAAUAUGAUAGGAACUUUCAGUGAUUUGGGGCCAUAUCCUACUUAGACUGACGCGGUACUGCCACAUUUCCUGAGAGCUUGCUACAGAGGUGCACACAGCUUGUUAACUGCCACGGACAAUAAUGCCAUCUCUGCCCCAAGAAGGAGUUAUCCAGGCACCCUCUCCCCUGAAUCUGAGUACAGAAUUACCUUAUCAAAGCACCAUGAAAAGGAAAGUCAGAAAGAAGAAAAAGAAGGGAAUCAUUACAGCAAAUGUUGCUGGGACAAAGUUUGAAAUUGUUCGUUUAGUAAUAGAUGAAAUGGGAUUUAUGAAAACUCCAGAUGAAGAUGAAACAAGUAACCUUAUAUGGUGUGAUUCUGCUGUUCAGCAGGAGAAGAUUGCAGAGCUACAAAAUUACCAGAGGAUCAACCAUUUUCCAGGAAUGGGGGAGAUCUGUAGGAAGGAUUUCUUAGCAAGAAAUAUGACCAAAAUGAUCAAGUCUCGUCCUCUGGAUUACACCUUUGUUCCUCGGACAUGGAUCUUCCCUUCUGAAUACACUCAAUUUCAGAACCAUGUGAAGGAAUUGAAGAAAAAGCGGAAGCAGAAAACCUUUAUAGUAAAACCAGCUAAUGGUGCAAUGGGACACGGGAUUUCAUUGAUAAGAAAUGGGGAUAAACUUCCAUCUCAGGAUCAUUUGAUUGUUCAAGAAUAUAUUGAAAAGCCUUUCCUAAUGGAAGGUUACAAGUUUGAUUUACGAAUUUAUAUUCUGGUAACAUCCUGUGAUCCAUUAAAAAUAUUUCUUUACCAUGAUGGACUUGUGCGAAUGGGAACAGAGAAGUACAUUCCACCUAAUGAGUCCAAUUUGACCCAGUUAUACAUGCAUCUGACAAACUACUCUGUGAACAAGCAUAAUGAACGUUUUGAACGGGAUGAAACUGAAGACAAAGGCAGCAAACGCUCUAUUAAAUGGUUCACUGAAUUUUUACAAGAGAAUCACCAUGAUGUUGCUAAGUUUUGGAGUGAUAUUUCAGAACUGGUGGUAAAGACUCUGAUUGUAGCAGAACCUCAUGUCUUACACGCCUAUCGAAUGUGCAGACCUGGUCAGCCUCCAGGAAGUGAAAGUGUGUGUUUCGAAGUUCUGGGAUUUGACAUUUUAUUGGAUAGAAAACUAAAGCCAUGGCUUCUGGAGAUUAAUCGAGCCCCAAGCUUUGGAACUGAUCAGAAGAUAGACUACGAUGUAAAACGAGGAGUGCUGCUGAAUGCACUGAAACUGCUAAACAUCAGGACCAGUGAUAAGAGGAGAAACUUGGCCAAGCAAAAAGCAGAGGCUCAAAGGAGGCUUUAUGGUCAAAAUUCAAUAAAAAGGCUCUUACCAGGUUCCUCAGACUGGGAACAGCAGAGGCACCAGCUGGAGAGGAGGAAAGAAGAGUUGAAAGAAAGACUUGCUCAAGUACGAAAGCAGAUUUCACGGGAAGAACAUGAAAACCGACACAUGGGGAAUUACAGACGAAUUUAUCCUCCUGAAGAUAAAACACUACUUGAAAAGUAUGAAAACUUGUUGGCUGUUGCCUUUCAGACCUUUCUUUCAGGGCGAGCAGCUUCUUUCCAGCGAGAGCUGAAUAAUCCUUUGAAAAAGAUGAAGGAGGAAGAUAUUUUGGAUCUUUUGGAACAAUGUGAAAUUGAUGAUGAAAAGUUAAUGGGAAAAACUUCCAAGCAUCGAGGACCAAAGCCUCUGUGUUCCAUGCCAGAGAGCACUGAGAUAAUGAAAAGGCAGAAGUACUACAGCAGUGACAGCAGUUAUGAUAGUAGCAGCAGCUCUUCAGAAUCCGAGGAAAAUGAGAAAGAAGAAUAUCAAAAUAAGAAAAGAGAAAAGCAAGUUACGUAUAAGCUUAAGCAGUCCAGCCACUGCAAAUUAAUUCAACAAUCCAGUUCCAUGAGGCGUUCAGUCAGUUGCCCUCGGUCCAUUUCUGCUCACUCACCUUUCGGCGGAGACACUCGCCCCUUUUCUGCUCAACACAUGAUACCAGUAUCACGGCCAAUGUCCGUAUCUCGGUCACAUUCCUUAAACCGGGCUUCCUCCUACACAAGACAGCUGCUUCACAGCAACGAUACCAGCUCUUCCAACUCUCAGGUGAGUGAGUCUUUCCGGCAACUGAAAACCAAAGAACAAGAAGAUGCUUUAACAAGUCAGACCUUAUUUGUUCUCAAGGACAUGAAGAUCCGGUUUCCAGGAAAAUCAGAUGCAGAAUCAGAACUUCUGAUAGAGGAUAUCAUUGAUAACUGGAAGCAUCAUAAAACAAAAGUGGCUUCAUAUUGGCUCAUAAAAUUGGACUCUGUAAAACAGCGAAAAGUUUUGGACAUAGUAAAAACAAGUAUUCGUUCAGUUCUUCCACGUAUCUGGAAGGUACCUGAUGUUGAAGAAGUAAACUUAUAUCGGAUUUUCAACCGGGUUUUUAAUCGCUUACUCUGGAGUCAUGGCCAAGGACUAUGGAAUUGUUUCUGUGAUUCAGGAUCCUCGUGGGAGAGUAUAUUCAGUAAAAGCCCGGAGGUGGUGACUCCUUUGCAGCUCCAGUGUUGCCAGCGCCUGGUUGAGCUUUGUAAACAGUGCCUGCUAGUGGUUUACAAAUAUGCAACUGACUCCAGAGGAUCCCUCUUGGGCCCUGGUCCUGACUGGGGUAACUCCAGGUAUUUACCACCAGGAAGCACCCAAUUCUUCAUGAGAACCCCAGCCUACAACAUGAAAUACAGUUCAUCUGGAAUGACUCGAUCCAAUGUUUUGUUUACAUCCCGAUAUGGCCAUUUGUGAAACUGAAGGGAAGAUUGCCAUAGGUUAAGCAUAAUAGUAAUUAAUUUAUUUCCUCAACUUGACACUGCAAAGAAAGUGACCGUUAAGUGCUGUUUUAUGUAUAUAUGACAUGUAUAUGUGUGAAAAUACAUACACACAUUCACUCAAAUAACAUAUAUAUUUAUUAUAAUAUAUGAAUUAGCAGAAAACUGAAUAUAAGAGUUAGCCUUUCUGAAAAUGUAAUAAACUAUGUUAAAUUGUUUACACAACUAUGUGAAUGUCUAGAGUUUGCUAGGUUUAUAAUUGACUCCUUCCUGCUAGAAAUGUUAUUUUUGCUGCAGAAUAUAUAAAAGAGAAUUGAUAUUGAAGAUCCCAUUACAGUGUUAUAUUAUUUUUUAGACAACACAGAUUUUGACUUAAUGCAUUAAUAGUAUAAUACUAUAUUACUUCUCUCACUCACAUUGGCCAUUUAGAAUAAAAUACAAAGAUUUAAAUGCCUGGUGUUCCUUGAUGAUAGGAUUAAAUACAAAACGGGUUUAUCAUUACUGUGGCACACUGUACAGAACUAAAAAAAAAUUGCAGCCCGAUUCUCCAACAUUUUAAUUCCUCCAUGUGAAAAUAUGCAUUUUAAGUAAGGAUGUGGCAUUGUCAUGUUAUGAUCUAAAGUGGAAGACAAUCUAAUUGGUUAAAAAUAAAAUGUAAAUUCACUUUUAUUUUUACUUUUCAUAAGGAGUCACAUAAAGGAAUAGAAAAAGUACGGACAGAAUACUUCUAUAUGGCUUUUGUCUCAUGCUUCUUAUUUUUUGGAAAAUAUCUUUGAUGGGCUGAGCUGAUGGUUAAAUAUAGUUCUUUGGCAGAAGAGUUGACACUUCAAACUCACUUUGGUGUUACAGGUAAUGUGUUAUACUUUCGAAGUCUCACAAUGUCGAGGCCAAUUUACAUUUGUUUCUCAUUGCACUACAAAAAAUAAGCUACAUGAUUGUGAACAGAAAAUUCAAAUGACACAUGCUACUAGCCAUUGAGUUACCCUUGAAGGUUUUUUGUUUUUAAAUCAGUGUACAGUAUCAUUUUGUCCAAUGUUACCAUGAAUAAGUUUCAUAGCAGUUUACUUCCUUUUCUUAUAGUAUUUUUUUAAAUCAAUGAGUGAGCUUUCAGUUUUUCAUAAAAAUAUAAACAGUUUUGGUUGAGCUCCCUAGAAAGAGCAAUAUUUACCUUUCAGAAAUGUAUUUAAAUUUCUUUCUCAAAUGGUUUUUCUCAUAGAUAACAAUUAUUUGUAAAAUUUGUGAAUGUUUUCACUCCUUGCGGUAUCCUAAAAGCUAUUUCCAGUAAAUCAAGAUAUAGCCCAAAGUAGGAGAACUGAGGCAGACAAAUUGGUCUGCUUUAAUUCACAGGUUGGAGAGCAGGCAUCCCAAGGUUGGAAGUUACAUAUAUUUUUAUUUUAAAGCCAUUUUCUGAGAGAGUAUUAGUCCAAGGUAAUUGGAUUUUUUCUAAAUUAUUGAUGGUUACUUGAUUCUUUAUGACUACCUAACAUCCACAUUCAGUGGACCUUUUCUUGCUAGUGCAUUUCAAAAAAAUAUGUGCUUGUCUCUGUGGAAGAAGGAUAAGGAUAUCAGGAUUGGAGGAAAUUAAUGUAGUGCGUGUAACUCCAUAAAUUUUUAAAGAUGUUGCAGAUUUCUUAGACUAAAUAAUGCAAAAAUCGGGAUAUUAUGAUGUUAAUAUAUAAGAAUGAUCAACAAUAAGUCAUUUGUGGAGUAAUUUUAGUCAUUCGUUUUUUAAAAUCAUGAUUUGGCCAUAAAGGAGACACAACUUGAAAUGACCGUUAAAUUGUAUAAACCCAGUUUGUUGGCCAUGUACUUACUUUAGCUUCAGUCCAAAUGAUUCUACAGUGUAUGCAUUAGAAUUUCUGCCUUUAAUUGUACAAGAAUGAAAUUUUAUUUAAAAUAGCUGAGAAGAUCCAACAUUGGGAGGAAGCCGCCCUCCAGAAGCAAAGGCAUGUGUGCACAUGUGCAUGUGUGCAUACAUUAAAAGCUAAGAAUAAAUUUAAAUGAACAAAGCUACUGAGCUGUUUAAUGAACAAGUUUUAUUUCUCCAGCUCCUUAAGUCUGGCCUUAUUUUAAGCACUAGAACUUUAUCACCACAUUUGCCUAUUUAUACUGAUCAAGCUUGGUAUGAGGAAGUUAUGAAUAGAAGCCGUGUGCUCAUUACUCACGUAUACUACCUGGUGUGCUGUGGACUGUGGCUGCUGCAGUGCACCUCCAAAGUGAGCAGCUAAGAAGAGAGACAUCAUAAUGGACCAAGGAGGUCUGAAGAGGCCAGAAGUGUUUUGGAGGCAUAAAAUAGUUCUUAGUUUUGAUUACAAAUUUUUUCGUAGGAUUAAAACCUGUCAGCAUAAGUGAGAAUACAGGUCUUUCUCGCCCUCUUUUUGUCUUAUAAGAGAGAAACAGCUUUACAUAUCUGAAAAACUGAAGCUACUUAAUUUCUUCAGAGGUUUUCAGAAGAGAAUUUGGUUUACUUAAAAUCGAAAUACAUUUUUGUUCUGUUAUAGGAAAGCAUAUCUCUCUCAUUUGGUAAAUCUUAAGAGCAAAUGCUUUCUAAAAUUAAGAUUGGGAUGAAGUAACCUUUUUAUUUUAAAUUAUUGCCCACAAAUAAAGUCUGAGGUUACAAAUUAGUUUUCACCUUAAAUAAUCCAGACUUGUAUAUUAGUUAACUAUUACUUUAUGUAAUUAGUUGAAGGUACUGUUGUGAUUUACAUACUGAUUAGUUUUACUAGGAACAAAUUUUAUUUCACUAGCAUCUUACUUACCUUGAAUAAAAUCAUAACAAGAUCAAAUGUGGAGAUGGCAUGAGGAAACUUGUCUAGUACAUAGUUGAAUAUCUUAUUAACCCUAACAUGCAAAGAUCAUACAGAUUUUAUAUCAUGUGUCUCAAUUAGGCUUAAAUAUGCAAAAAGUUUCCACUAGUUUCUCCUCCCUAAAAUUAAAACCGAACCAAACCCAAUAAAGAAAACUCUCUGUUUUCAACUGAUAUGUAUGCAGAAUUAGAUAAUAGCAACUUCUAAACAUCAAGAAAGGAUUUCAUAUGUCUUUUUGAGUAGGUAAGUAGUUGAGUAUGGAAUUUUGUUAUCUGACUUGAAUUUUCAGAUGGUUUAAUAUAAAUCCAAAUGCUUCCUUCUUUAAGAUAGCAAAGUCAUGUCGUGUAAAAACUCUCAUAAGUCUAAAUUUAUAUAAUAGCCUUGUCAAAGUACCAAAAAAUUUAUACUAACAUAAACUUCAUUAUUUAAUUUUCUAUAAAGCACUGGUUCAUUCU